AUGCAAACUACUGCCGCUGCUCCUGUUGCUGCUGCUUCUGCUGCUGCUGCUGCUGCUGCUGCUGCUGCUGCUGCUGCUGCGCGAGCCUUACCAACCAUACAGCCCAUGGAACCGAAGAUAAUUAUAAUAAGAAACAAAACCACUAAAUGGAAUAUCAACAACAACAGCAGUAGCAAAGCUAGUCGCUUCAGCAGCAGCAACAGCAGGUCUAGCAGCAGCAGCAACAGCAGCAGCACUAGCAGCAUCAGCAGCAACGGCAGCAGAAAAAGCAGCGGCACCAGCCACCGCAGCAGCAAAAAGGCAACACCAGCCCGUGUAUUCACAAGACACUUUCCUAGCCAGCAGCAGCAGCAGCAUCAGCAGCACAAGCAGCAGCAUCAGCAGCACAAGCCGCAGCAGCAGCAGCACAAGCAGCAGCAGCAGCAGCACAGGCAGCAGCAGCAGCAGCACAAGCAGCAGCAGCAGCAGGAACUGACGACUUUAUCGACAAGGGACUUCCCGAGGAGGCCGCAUGCGAAGCAAAGAGCGAAAAGAGCAGCAGCAGCAUCCCAAGGAGCAGCAGAGUCCCAGCUGCAGCAGCAGCAGCAGCAGCAGCAGCAGCAGCGCAAAUGCAGCAGCAGCGCGAGCGGUAGCACUGGCGACAGAGAUAAAGUGGCAGUAGCACAAGUGCAGCAGCAGCCGCAGGGUCUGCAGCAGCAUCAGAAGUGCAGCAGAAGUCGCAGCAGCAGUAGCAGCAGCAGCACGGAAGUAGCAGCAGCAGCACCAGGCAGCAGCAGCAGCAGGUAUGCGACAGCGAUGCACUUGGAUGCAGGCAAAGCAGAAAUAGCAGCAGCAGCAGCACAUAUGCAGCAGCGGCACAAACAGCAACAGCAAACAAGGAAAAGCAGCAGCAGCAGCAGCAGCAGAAGCUGCAGCAGCAGAAACAUGAAGCGGCACAUGUAA